CAUCAGCAACAGGCUCUAACCACUGAUUUCCAAUCGAGCCUGGAGACGACAUCCCAAAACCUCCCGCUUAAUGGCUAGCAAAAGGGUGACGGAGUUUUCAUCAAUUAUCAACAUACUUUGUACAUUUUUUCAUCAUUUUGAAACUACCAUUUGGAUCGCAUUGGCUAACUGCCCUCGAUGAAUGGGUUUUAAACCCUUUUUUCGAGCUGCGCUGUGCUCAUAGCCCGCACGCGACAUCCCGCGCAUAAUCCGUAAUCCGCCCAACUUCGCGCGCUGAGUUGUAUCACCAACUAUCAACUUUUUUCCGCAUAUUCUACAUCACAACCGUCACAUCGAUAAUAUACCGCGCUACCCGCCCAACUCCAACCCCCCCGGCUCUUUAGCCACCCCCUCAAGAUGCCCGACAUAGAUCCUGCGGCCUUAAGCCGCCCUUCCGUCACGCUUUCUACUACGACUCUCAAAUCCAUAACCGUUUCUGCGCAACCCUCCCAAAAAGUUCCCAAGACUAGCCAAAUCAUCCCCGCCCGUAUCGAUCUCGAGCCCCUAUACACGGCCCUAAAAUCAGCCAUUGGAAAUGAACAAUGGAACGCCUACAAAGAAGCUACCACUCAGUUUGUGCUAGGGCGAUUAAAUCAAGUAGAGUACUCCGAACGAAUCGAUCCCAUAUUAUUAUCUCCCAAUGGCGACAAAACCCAUUUACAUAACCAGCUCCUCGCCGCCAUAUACGGAAAUCUUACGAGGGAAAUGCCAGAUCAAGGGGUUGCACCAUGGGUUUCCGCCAACGACAAACCCACUACCAAUGUGGGUGCCAAACCUGUAACAGGCGACGCCGCCGAACGUAAGUUGAAGGGAGAAGUCAUGCAGCUCCCCAGUCGCGAUAGGCGGCGUAUCAAAGAGCUAGCUCAGAAUGAUUUCGACCCAUUCGAAUCAAUGGCGAACAUGUUCACGGAACACCAUCGAGGCAGACCGACCAAGGUACCGGAUGCGCCCCAAAGUGCCAGUGCUAACGGUUUAAAUAAGAUGAAUUGGGACCUUGAGAUUCGUAAACGCUUUGCGCAACCCCUGGCUGUAGAGUCGGGUGAAUUCCCUGAUAUGGCGAGCAUCGAAUCAAGGAUGUUACCUAUUUGCUACGAAGUAGGACUUGUCAGCGGACAUGCUUCGGAUGCUCCUUCAUUUAUGACCGUCGCCGCCGAAACAUUUAUUAAAGAAUUCCUCUCGACAGUCUUCAGCCGAACGAGAAGCAACGGGCCUGGGGACUCUGGAAGUGCUGGAUUCGGAUCCGGAACCGCUUGGAUUCAGACACACAAAUACCGACGACAGUUAAUGAGGGAAGAGUCAGCUUUGACAAGAGGAGAGUUGUCUCGAGACAAGAGCGGGCUCUUGCCUAUCGAGGCAAAAGCUGCUAGCGAGCGAUCCCCCUUGAGUAUGGCCGACUUGCGACUUGCUUUAGAAAUAGGGGAUUGUGGAAUAAGCACGUUCCCUAUAAUUAGGAAGUCGGUCAUAUAUACCUACAGGGAUGGUGAGCUCGAGCACUAUAAUAAUUACACCUGGCUCCCUGGUCACAAACCAAUGGAUGACGGGGAUUCCAAUACGAACAAAAUUAACGGUGGUUCGCGUGCUCUCACGAAUGGCGACACCCAUCCAGAGCCCAUGGAUAUCGACGAAGAUCCCUUGUCGUGGGAAGGUGCAGGUAAUCAGGAUACGUCAAUGCUUGACGGCGUUUUAGACUCGUGUUUGGCGGCCCCUUAGGAGUGGGAAGGAGACCCGCAGUCAUAUAUGACGAUUAAUGAUGAACCAAUGGCACCUGGGGUUGACGGAAAUCUUCCGCGUCUGGGCCAAGUUGAAGAGAAAAGGACGCAGACCUGGCACCCCCAACCCCAGGUAUCUGCAGUAAACUGAGAGCGCCAACCUAUAUCGCUUUGAUGGUUUCUAUAUGGCGCCCAGAGAGAAGGGCAUGUAAUAUGCUCUUGAAGGUAUGAUAUAUGUACCAAGAAGGGUUGCUCGCCCUAGGAGGCGCCAUACGGAGUUAGGAUGAGGAGUUCGAUAUCACUCCUGAGGCCGUCUGACGAGGAGGUAGCACAUACCUUGGCUCGUCUAUUUCCCUAGGACUAGGCGAUUUGCAUCAGCAUUGGCAUGACGGCGUUAUUCUAGGUGCAUUGCUUCGGUUUGUAUGAACAGUCAAAAAGGGGAGGAGGGGGAAGGAGGAGAGGUUGACUUCUGGCGUUUGCUUCUUGGCGGAUAUGUACUGUAUUGUAUGCGAUACCCCCUUGCGCCCCCAUUCUAGGAAGCACUCUCGUAUUUCUUACUAGAUCACGACAUAUAACAGAUUAGCAAAAGUAUUACAGCUAAUUGUAGGCAACGAUCAUGCUCAUAAAAUAAAUAUAGUAUUUAACUCCUACAUGGAAGAUGAGUAUAUCUAAUUAUCCGUUUAUGAAUC